CGGAUUACACGAUCAGUUGCUAUCAAGUGUUUGCAGACGGUCAGUUAGCGACAAUACAAAACUCGACAAGUCCGCACGGACAGACAGACGAUCGUGAAAUAGAGCGAGUUAAAGCGCUUAACAUCACGUCUUCAUCUGUACGAGCUACAGCGAACGACAUGGAGAGAAAGCCAGAACAACAAACAGAUGGGAAGAAGAAGAAGAAGGGUGUGCGUGCCUGGUUCAAGAAAAGAUGGCGGGCUGUGAAGCACACCGUCUCUUGCACCCAAAGCAAUGAAGUGGUGCCUUUUCAUACACAGUCUGACCAGGAUCCAUCAGAUCCUCAGCCGGGUCCAUCUGAACAGCCUUAUCUACGUGUCUUUAAGCCGGCGGUCUUGGCAGACACAGCUGAUUGCCCUGGUUGUCACUGUGAGCAAACGCCUCUUGAAGAUCCGGUCGAUCCUCAGCAAGAUCCUUCUGGACUCAAGCAAACAGCUCCUGAAGAACCAGCGGACCACCGACCAGCUCCGUCUAACCAACAACAAACAGAUGGGAAGAAGAAGAAGAAGGGUGUGCGUGCCUGGUUCAAGAAAAGAUGGCGGGCUGUGAAGCACACCGUCUCUUGCACCCAAAGCAAUGAAGUGGUGCCUUUUCAUACACAGUCUGACCAGGAUCCAUCAGAUCCUCAGCCGGGUCCAUCUGAACAGCCAUAUCUACGUGUCUUUAAGCCGGCGGUCUUGGCAGACACAGCUGAUUGCCCUGGUUGUCACUGUGAGCAAACGCCUCUUGAAGAUCCGGUCGAUCCUCAGCAAGAUCCUUCUGGACUCAAGCAAACAGCUCCUGAAGAACCAGCGGCUUCCCAACCUGGUUCAUCUAACUUGAGUCCAUAUGCUCUGAGAAUACUCAGUUAUUUUCGACCACCUAGGUUUUUCACCUAUCCCGCUCCAUGGAUGUAUGAGCAACCGUUUCUUGAUGAAUUGGAUGAAUAUAAAGCGUUUUCGUCGCUUUAUGAGGUGGGAACAAAGAAUCUAGGAAAAGGACACCAAGGCAUUGUGUAUGAGGGGACUCGCAGGUCCGAUGGCCUAAAGGUCGCCAUCAAAUUUAUGCACAAGUUUCCACGCUUUGACAAAUAUAUUCACGUUCCUGGGCAUGACAAGCCUCUCUUCUCAGAAGUGGCUCUAAAUCUGCUGCUACAGAAACCAGAGAAAUGCCCCAACAUUGUGGAUCUGAUGGACUGGUUUGAAGAGGAGUACACCCACAUCCUCGUUCUGGAAUAUCCAUAUCCCUGUUUCACCGUGAAAGAUUUCAUUCGCGUUGAACGUCUGUCUGAAAAUCAGGCACGUGAUCUCAUGCGUCAAGCAGUGAACGCAGCCAAACACUGCAUUGACCACAACGUCUGCCAUGGUGGCUUGGAGGUCAGAAACGUCCUGAUCAAUGUACAGACCAUGACGCUCAAGUUCAUAGACUUUGGAUGUGGCCACUUUGCCUCAACUUGGGGCGAACCAGGCACUAAAAUCUACGGUGAGUUGAGUUUCUGUGUUGCCGAUGUAAUGACCCUCAUACAAACAUUGUAG